UCUUUCUUUCUUAAAAUGGAUCUGCUGGAAUUGCAGGUGUUUGUGACUGAGGUGAACUCACAUCGGGAUCAGAUCAUCGAGCUGGAUAAGACAGGAACACACCUCAAGUACUUCAGUCAGAAACAGGACGUGGUGUUGAUCAAGAACCUCCUGCUGAGCGUUCAAGGCCGCUGGGAGAAGGUCGUGCAGAGGUCAGUGGAGAGAGGACGCCUGCUGGACGAUGCCAGGAAACGUGCCAAACAGUUCCAUGAGACCUGGAACAAACUGAUGGAGUGGCUUGAAGAGUCUGAGAGAGUGCUGGACUCUGAGCUGGAGAUCGCUAAUGAUCCGGACAAGAUCAAGACGCAGUUAACCCAGCACAAGGAGUUCCAGAAAACUCUGGGCAGCAAGCAUUCGGUGUAUGACACCACCAGCCGCACGGGCCGAGCUUUGAAGGACAAGACCUCCUUGCAAGAUGACAGCCAGAAACUGGACGACAUGCUCAGUGAGCUCAGGGACAAAUGGGACACAGUCUGUGGGAAAUCUGUGGAGAGGCAGAAUAAGCUGGAGGAAGCUCUGCUGUUCUCAGGUCAGUUCACAGAUGCACUGCAGGCUCUCAUCGACUGGCUCUAUAAAGUGGAACCACAGCUUGCUGAAGAUCAGCCCGUGCAUGGAGACAUAGACCUCGUCCUGAACCUCAUCGACAGCCAUAAGGUGUUCCAGAAAGAGUUGGGCAAAAGGACUGGCAGCGUGCAGGCUUUGAAACGCUCGGCCCGUGAGCUUAUUGAGAACAGCCACGAUGACUCGUCCUGGGUCAAAGUUCAGAUGCAAGAGCUGAGCACACGCUGGGAGACGGUGUGCAGCCUCUCUGUGUCCAAACAGACACGGCUCGAGCAGGCACUGUGUCAGGCUGAGGAGUUCCACUCCACUGUUCAUAUCUUACUGGAGUGGCUUGCAGAGGCUGAACAGAGCCUUCGCUUCCACGGUGCCUUGCCUGACGAUGAAGAAGCCCUCCGCGCUCUCAUUGAACAGCACAAGGAGUUUAUGAAGAAGCUGGAGGAGAAGCGACUGGCCCUGAAUAAAGCCACAAGCAUGGGAGAGGCAAUCCUGUCCAUCUGCCACCCAGACUCCAUCACCACCAUCAAACACUGGAACACCAUCAUCAAAGCGCGCUUUGAGGAGGUAACAGCCUGGGUGCGUCAGCACCAGCAGAGACUCUCCAGUGCUCUGGCCGAACUGCUGGCCACGCAAGAACUGCUGGAAAACCUGCUGAACUGGCUCCAGUGGGCUGAAACCACACUUGGCGAGAAAGACAAGGAACCUCUUCCUCAAGAGUUAGAGGAAGUCAAAUCGCUCAUCGCUGAGCACCAGACAUUCAUGGAAGAGAUGACCAGAAAACAACCAGACGUGGAUAAAAUCACCAAAACUCAUAAGAGAAAAUCCACAGCAGAUCCUCCGGUUCAGUCUCAAAUCCCUGUUCCAGAGAAAGGACGAACAGCCAGAAAGAGAUUCCCUACACAAUCCAUGUACACCGCAGCAUCACAGACACAAAUCGAGACUAAGAACCCCCGAGUGAACCUGCUGGUCAGUAAGUGGCAGCAGGUGUGGCUGCUGGCGCUGGACAGGAGAAGGAAGCUCAACGAUGCUCUGGACAGACUAGAGGAGCUGAAAGAGUUUGCCAACUUUGACUUUGACGUAUGGAGGAAACGCUACAUGCGCUGGAUGAACCACAAGAAAUCGCGCGUCAUGGAUUUCUUCCGUCGUAUUGAUAAAGACCAGGAUGGCAAAGUCACAAGGCAGGAAUUCAUCGAUGGCAUCCUGUCCUCAAAGUUCCCCACCAGUCGUCUGGAGAUGAGCGCUGUGGCAGACAUCUUUGAUCGUGACGGUGAUGGCUACAUCGACUACUAUGAGUUUGUGGCUGCUCUACAUCCCAACAAAGAUGCUUACAAACCAUUAACCGAUGCGGAUAAAAUUGAAGAUGAGGUGACUCGCCAAGUUGCAAAGUGCAAGUGUCCGAAACGGUUCCAAGUAGAGCAGAUCGGCGCCAACAAAUAUCGGUUCUACCUUGGAAAUCAGUUUGGUCUCGUUCACUGCUUACAUGACCCCUUAAUCGCCGAUGAGACUAUAACAAACAGGGACAAUCAAAAUCUAACCCCCCAUCUACACGUUGCCGUUUUGGAAAGCUGUAUCCUGUUUGGAGAUUCCCAGCAGCUGCGGCUGGUGCGGAUCCUGCGCAGUACGGUGAUGGUGCGGGUGGGUGGUGGUUGGAUGGCCCUGGAUGAGUUCCUGGUGAAAAAUGACCCGUGCAGAGUUCACCACCACGGGAGUAAAAUGUUGCGCUCGGAAUCAAAUUCUUCAAUUACUCAGUCUCCUAUAGCUAAGGGCAGAACCAACGUGGAGCUGCGUGAGAAGUUUAUUCUCCCAGAAGGCACCACCCAGGUGAUGGCCAGUUUCCGCUACAGAGGGCGAAGGUCACGGCCGUCCUCAAGAGGCGCCUCCCCUAACAGAUCCAAUUCUAGUCACAGCUGUCCCACAGCACAACCCAACCCACCCGGCUCCAACACACCCAAGACUCCCCAACAUUUAACCCGCAAUUAUGACAAACCCUGGCUGACAAACAGCAAAUCAGCUACUCUUAAAUCAUCUGACUCCUUUGACAGCCAAGGGUCAUCCAAUGAGAGCACCCCUAUUCAGGGAAGCAAGCUUCGUCUUCCAGGCUAUCUGUCAGGAAAAGGCUUUCAGUCGGGAGAGGAUGGGACCUUGAUAAACGCUGCAGUCAUGAAGGCCAGAGGUCAAGCCAUGGGGUUGGGUAAGAUCUCAAGCAGGCCCGGCAGCAAAGCAGGAAGCCGAGGGAGCAGCCGCCGUGGCAGCGAUGCCUCAGACUUCGAUAUUUCAGACAUCCAGUCGGUUUGCUCAGACGUGUCGGAGACAGUGACAGACUCAGGACGCCCGACGCCGCGCUCAGCCUCACGCCAACACGGAGGCAAACCCUCCAAAAUCCCAACUCCCCAACGGAGGAGCACCCCUACUAGCAAACUGGCUAAGACUACCAAGAGAUAGUCAACAGAGUCCAGUCCACAGAAGAGGCCAGGUUCCACACACUAAACCGAGACUGGACAGACGUAGAUUCACACUAAAGACUGCAAAGUGUUAUUGAUUUUAAAAAGCGUAGCAAGAUGUAAAUUAUUCUGUUGUGAAAAAGGAAGUUUAUGUGGAGUGUAUGUGUGUGAGUGUGUGUGGAAUGCAAUGGCUUUGUGCAUUUGUCCUGUACUUUAUGUGACUGUUGCGUCAUUGAUAUUUUGUUUAUUGCUGGGAAAGGUCAGCAAACACAAGAAGACUAUGUUGUUAGGUAAACUAACACUUUUCCACAUGUUUGCGUUGAGGGAGAAGCUGAAUGUACAGUCAUUUGCUCUAGCGGACAUGCUUGUUGGCGAUAAUAUGCCCUUGUAUUCUGCCAGGACACCACAAUUAUUUAUUCAUCUAUUUAAAGUGCAAUGACAAGCUGCUGUUAUGCAUUUAAAGGGCAAUACAAUACCACUGCUACACUACAACCGUUACCCCUGCUAUCAUACACUACAGUUAAUCCUGAUCAUGGCCUUUAAACUUGCAUAUAAAACAACCGUCUGUAGCACCUGCAGUAAUGUUCGUUUCGAUCAAAUCACAGAUUGUGUGCCACCUAACUGUGACUAGAACUUUCUGACUAAAUACAUUCAUAAGUGCAAUCAUGCCUGUGUACUCUAUGGUUCCUUUUUGCCUGAUUGAUGCAAAUUACUCAACUUUUUGUAAUAAAUAUGCUUGCAGAAAGCUCAACAAUA